CGCAUCCGCAACCGGCUCCUCUAUGAGGUGCAGGUGCCGCUCCGCAAGGUGCUCGAGCUCCCCGAGGUCUACAUGAGGGACGGCAAGUGGGACGAGCUGCCCUGCGCGCGCGCUUGGCGUCCACGGCCAUGCGCCAGUACAAGAGGCGUCCUGGCUGUGCUUCUUUCUUCUGGUCCAUGGACAUUGUCAUAAUGGUCACCUUAUCACAGUGUAUUAUUUUUGGAUCUCAUAUUCCUCAAGGCGCUCCAUCCUCUGAUUCGAUGUUGGCCGAUCUGAGAAAUAAGUGGAGGAAUAAUCCAGCAGAAGAAUUUGGUGAAGAAGAACAAGAAAAGAAUACCUUUAUCCUGAUAGGCAUGGAAACACCGGUUCACAUUGAGUGCAUCAUCGCUAAUCAGCUAUUAUGUAUGGUCAACGGACAUGCUUGCUUAUUCCUGUAA